CUGAAAAUCGGCAAUUAUCCCUCCUGGUUCCUUUGUACAGUGCCCCAUAAAUAAUUUAUUUGGAUCGAGGGACUGGAGACUGAAAACAUAUAUUGGAUCUUGCUGCAACCGGGUGGAUUCUACGUUCAGGACUUGAGUGUAGUGGGAAAAAGGAGUGUGCCUUUGAAAUCAGAGGAGACUUUGACCCGAGAACCCAGGUGGAAGUGCUGGAGGCGGGCGGGCAGCGUCAAGAAGGAGCAUUUUCAUAGCACAUAAAGGUCCCUCUCAGGGUUCCCACGUGCAGACCCUACGUGCUUUACGGCUGGGAUUUGCAAACACCGCAGCCUGGAACUGGAAGACUCCGGGAGAGGUCUGAGCUCAGGCACUUUCCAAGUGCCUCCUGCUGCACUCGAUACCUGCAUGAAACAAAGAAAACUGUGUUUGCCAGGCUCGCUCGCUGAAGUCACAGGACUCUGCGUAUCAUGCAGCAGUCUGGAAUUCCUACAAAAACUCAUCAGAAAGGGAAUGUGGCCCGCCACACGGACACAGUCGUCUACCCAACUUUUCAGAUCAAAACGUUCAGUACAGAGUUGAAAAACCAUGUGAUGGUCAUGGAUUUUGUGAAGAGGAACUGGUUUCCCUCCCAGAGAAGAGCCAAAGUUUGUAUCAUCCGUAUGUAUCAAGGCCUGAAGACAGCUGAGCAGCCAGCCAGCAGAUAUGAGAUCCAUAGUCGGCUCUUCUCAUCCCCGAGAGAUCACUCUGCCUGGGAAAGAAAGGAGAGUCUUUCAAAUGCAGGAUUACGGGACAGCCAGUACAGCCCCCACGAUCAAAUUGCCCUUAAAAAUCUCCAGUCUGAUGUUCCAGAGAAGAGAUCUGACUUCGCUGAGGGGACUCUGGCAUCUCAGAAUACAAAAAUGAUUUCAUCCAUAGUCAUUUCACAGCUGAUUGAUGAGAAUAAAUCAAAAGAAAAUGGGGCCGCGCCGCCUGCGCCGUGUGCAUAUCCCAUGAAGCCGUCUCUGGCUAAUCGCAGCAGAGUCACCAUUAACAGGGCCUUCGAGUUCCUUCCUGGAGGACUGGGAGUUCAGACCAAGCCGCCACCCAAGGAGGAGAAGCCAGGCAGUGGUUCCCAGAAGGGCUUUGCGUCCAUCACCAUCACGGCCAGGCGUGUGGGUCCCCCUGCCAGCACCCUGGUGUGGGAGGCUGUUGGGGACCCACUCUGCGUCAAGUGCAGGGCCCAGGAUGCUCUGCUUGGGGACCCCUCUGCUCUGGCUGGCGGUGCCGAUCCAACUCAGCACCAUGGACCUUUCACCUGUACAGAGUUCUCAAGACACAGCUGUGUGAUGGGGUCGAAGGUCCCCGAGGCCCAUGCACAGCUGUGUGAGGGACAUGGGUACUGGGUCACCAAUGUUGACCACAGGGAGGAUCGUUUUUCUCCAGGUACCUCGCGGUCACGGGCAGGAAAGAGCCCGCUGGUGUUCAGCUCGUGUGUCCAUCUCAGGGUGUCCCAGUCGUGUCCCAAUCCCAUCUACUAUCUGGACAGGUCCCUCUCGGUCCCUGUGGAGCCACCUCAGCUUGCUGGCCCCAAGAUGCACAGAUCCGUCCUGUCCCUCAACCUGAGCUGCAGUUCACACAGGCUGACACCAGAUGGAGUAGAUGACACAGAGAACCGACAGCCUGGAAGCGGAGCCCUGAAGCCCGAGCUCUGGGAGGGAGACCAGGACCUCCUUGGCCCACGCUGGAACCUGAGUUUGCAAGGAAGUUUCUUGAAGGAAAACCCAUCGUUGGGGCAGAUGCGUUUUGGGAACUUGGAGGCUGGCAGGGGUCCUUGGAGAGGCUCUCUUCCUUCGGAAAAUGCAGAGGCGGGAACUAACCAGAUCACCAUGAGAAAACGCAAGGAGGACCAGGCAACUCGUUGUCCCACCCGUGGUCACCAUCAAGCCAACCAACUGUCCAUUCACAUCCCGGGCUGGAGUUACACAGCAGGGGAUUACACGUGCUGUGACUUGGUUGUUAAAAUAAAGGAAUGCAAGGAGAGUGAGCACCCCGCCAACCCCGAGUCCAAGCCAGCACCCCCAGAGCCAGCGCCCCCCGAGGACCCAGAGACCCACGUCCUGCCAGAAGACUGUUCUGAGAGCCAGCAAGGGCCCAAAAGCUCCCUGACCUUGCAGGAGGCCCUGGAAGUCCGCAAGCCUCAGUUCAUUUCUCGCUCGCAAGAACGUCUGAAGAAGCUGGAGCACAUGGUCCAGCAGAGAAAAGCCCAGCGGAAGGAGAGCCUGGCUCCAAAGCAGAGUCUCCUUCCUGUCCGCGCCCACAAGAAGCAGGUCACCAUCCCCCACCCUCUCAGCGAUAACUUGUUCAAACCCAAAGAAAGGUACAUUUCAGAGAAGGAGAUGCACAUGCGAUCUAAAAGAAUCUAUAAUAACUUGCCGGAAGUUAGGAAGAAAAAAGAGGACCAAAAGAAAAGGGUGAUCUUACAAAGCAACAGACUCCGGGCCGAGGUCUUCAAAAAGCAAUUACUGGACCAGCUCCUUCAAAGGAACGCGGUCUAACCGCAGGCUGCCCCACCGACCCUCUACCUGGACCUGGGAUGACUUCAAACGCUGGAUAAACCAUUAAACUUAACCGUAUCUUCAUGACGUGAACCACUUUUUUUACUUUUGAUUUUUUUUUUUUUUAAUCCAUAAAGCAAAGCACAGCUCCUUGAAUUGCUGACCUAAACCAAGCAGAAAUGAUAACCCUUGAGGAAAUGGAUCUUCAGACUGCAGUGGGGUAAUCAACCCAACAGAACCCACUUGAUACAGUCCUUUCGUUUUUUGACUUCUGAAUUUUACCUUUUGCUUCUGAUGUUUACUCCUACCAUUUCCACGCAGGCACAAAGGCCUUCUAUGCGCUCAUGGGCUUAGAUCCCAAGGGACUGGUUUUUUAUUUUUUCUUGCUUUUUCAUCAGAUUUCUAGGACCUAAAUGCAUCACUUUAAAAAUACCAUUCCCAACUUCCGCCAGUUCUGCAAACUCCAGAUUUUGGACCAUCGCACAGUGUGUUUGAAACCCCUCUGGAUGUCUGUACCGUUAAUACUGGAGGUAACUUUGGAGCUAGGCGGCUGCUCUGUCAGAGACUGGGGACCUGUUUCUCGGUGACCUUGGCUGGUCAGAGCCGCCCCUACCAACCCCACCCCACUCCUAGCACCUGUCUUCAUUCAGCAAAAGAGUCUAUAUUCACGGAAGCCAUGAGGGCAGAAUUGGCUGGAAAAAUUGGUAGGUCACAUCAGUGUUUUUGGCAAGCCACCCCCCAACCAAAAGAGCUGCAUGGCUGAAAGUGGCCUGAUGGCUCCAACUCUGCUAUUUGUUCCUCCAAGCCCUUACAAUGCCCAUUAUUUAUAAAUGUGUUUGGGGAGUGAAGGACAAUAGUUUUACCAAAAAUGGAAAUAAAUGCAACUAUUACAAGCAUCACUGCCCCGUCCCAUGUUCUGUGUUAUGAACCAAGCAGCUAGUGCAGGUG